AGGUGAUGACCAAAAAGUUGUCAAGAGAUUGACUAAAAUUAAGCGUCAUUAAUCAAAUUAUGGAAGCAUUGCAUCAUUGGAAAGGACAUGAACCAGCUCCAUCAUCACUUUUAAUCACAGAUGAUGGAAGAGAAGACAACAGGUGUUUUAAACCCCUGGUGUUCAUCCCAGCAUUGAACAGGUCCUCUGUACAAAAUAGACAAAAGAUCCAUUUUGGGUCAAAUUCUUUCCAGGUGACCUCUUUUGUUUUCACUGGGACCCUCAUCAAGGUUGAGCCUCUGAACAUAAAUCAGCCAGUGUCUGAUAGCAUGCAACAACAGCUUAACCAGUUCUUGGUCAUGAAGUUCCUCCAAGACUAUAAUGUGACCCCGCUUGGGUCAAAUUCUGAAAAUAUGAGUUGCAUGACCCCAGGUUUUAUAGUUCAACUCCCAAACACUGGAGACUUGGAGACUGCUGGUUUCAGCACUGAUUUGCCAAAGACUACCUUUGACAAUAAUGUUGAUACUUGUGAAACUUUCAAAAAUUUGGCAAAUGAAUACUCAUCAUAUUCUGCUGCAGCACAAGCAUCAAUUGCAAAUCAUUAUUUUGAAGAGAUCCCACCUGGAUACUUGAUCAAGGCAAAGAGAGACCAAUGGUUGACCAGCAGUAAGCCAACUAAAGGUAGAUGCACCAAGAAAAGGGGAAGAGGAAGGCCAUCCAUUUACAACCCAAUACCCAAAACAGUGCCAGAGAAAAGUGUAUCCCUUAUUGAUUUGGGUGCAAGUGAUGGCCUGCAUGUUGACCCAGCUUUGAAGAAAUCCAUGACCUCAAAAAGAGGUCAACAUCUUAUCAUGGGAGGACCUGAUGGUCACAUUCCAAAUAAGAAACAGAUGACAGCGGGAUCUUCAGGCAAAGAAUAUGACAUUUCUGCUCCUUGGGAGGAAAAGGACCCAGGUGUUAUCUUUGAGAUCCAAAAUGCUACUUUACAAGGCAAUCAGGACACUGAAGUAUUACACUUGACUGGGGCUUCAUAUUACAAAGACAUUGGAAUCAACUCAGAUUUGGUCGCAUUGGGAGUCAAUAAUUGCCCAAGGAAUCAACAAGGCAAGACUUUGAAGGAAAUAACAAAUCCUCUCAUUGGCAAAGAUAUCCUGAGCACAAUUCCCACAUCAGCUUCUAUGACAAGCCAAGAAAUAAUCUUGAUUGACUUGACUGAUGAGUCCAGCUGCUGUGACAUUGAUGCACUGAUAUCAAGUGAUCCUCAUCUGCAAGUUGAAUCAAUUAAAUUUGAAGACACCAAUGCACCCAAAAUUCCCAAGGAGAAAGUGGCAGAAAAAUACGUGUGUGUCCCAAUGUGGCAGAACUUUCUGAACCACCACCUUCCAAUGGAGCCUAACUCAAUUCUGAAACAAGGAGGGAAAAUUACUCCUUUGCAGAAUUUUAUUCCCAUGAGAUCAAAGUCAGUUUUUGAAGACUCCUUCAUUGACUCUGAUGCAGAAACUCGAAUGACAAAUGCUUGUCAUGAAACAGCUGAUGGUUUCCAGACCUUUUCAGCAAUUGUGGUGCAACAAGAAGGUGGUUUAGAGGCUUUGAAGCUGAGGCUUAUGAACAUGACAGAAAAAGAGCUCAUGAGGACGGUUUUGAACAUGAAAGUAGUUAAAAGAACAAGGGUCUUUGAUGAAAAGGCUGCUGUGGUGCAAUUGCUGAAAGUGAAGAAGGCAAAAGUGUCAAUCAGGGUGGCCUUGGAUGCACUUCAUCAAGGAAGACCCAAAACUGCCCUCAAAUACCUCAACUGUGCAAUCAAAGAAGCUGAUGAGAAUUCUGAAGAGUUAUUUCAAGCCAAAAAGUACAGAGCAGAAGUUUUCUACAACCAUUGCUAUUAUGCAGAGGCCCUGCAGGACUUGGAGGACUGUUUAUCAGCAAAGGCCUUGACAGAAAUGGAACUUUUAGUGGGACUUGACUUGAAAGCAAGGUGUUUGGAGAACUUGGGAAAGUUGGCAGAGUCUAGAAAGUGUUUCAUGUUGGCCAAGAAAGCUGGAUUUCCUGAUGGUGUCCACCAAGGGGUCCAAGACAUUCUGGAACAGGACUGGAAUCUGCAUAUCAGUUGUCUUGACACUUGCUGCUGUCUGCAUCCAAAGUCUGAUUGGGAGGAAUUCUCACCAGGAUUUCAAGUGUCUUCUCUGAUGGCAGAUGGUGUGAACAGGUUUGUUCCAACUGCUGCAAAAUGCCUGGAGCUGCAAAGUUCUGAAAAGUAUGGAAGAGGGUUCAUUGCCAAGGAUGACUUGCCACCUGGCACAAUUCUCAUCAGUGAACGGCCAUUUGCAAGAGCUCUGAGCCACUCUGCAGCUGACAGUCACUGCAAUUACUGCUUAACUUACUGCAGUUUCCCAAUACCAUGCUACAAGUGCAAGUCAGCAGUGUUUUGCUCAGCCAAGUGCCAGGACAUGGCAAAUGACUCCUACCACCUGAAAUAUGAGUGUGAGUCCAUGGCAGCAAUUCUGGACAAGCUGGAGAUCCAAGAAGGUCUGGUGCCAAGGGUUGUCUAUAGACUGUUUGCCCAAAGAACAAAGACCUACUUUACCUCAAGGAGACAGUUGCUGGAUGAGGCUCUAAAGGCUGGUUGGAAACCAGCUGGAACUGCUCAUAAUCAACUCUUUGAUGCCCAAGAAGUGCUGAGCACUUUGGAACUCUUCAGACAUCCAGUUGACCCUCAAAAGGCUGCCUAUGAAGCCCUGUUGUCUGUGUACAUAGUCAAGUUGCUGAAGGGCUGUGGUUAUUUUGGCUCUGUGAUCCCAGCCACCACAGAGCUCACAUCAAAGGACCAGCAGUCAGAUGCUGACAUCCUGCUGAUUUCCAGACUUGUCCUACACUAUGUGCGACAUCUGAAAACACAGACCUUCACUGUAUCCAGUGUGGUUGUGCCAUGUUCAGGAUAUGAGUCUCCCCAGGGCUCUCAAGUGGUGGGACUGGCCAUGUGUCCCACCAUCAGUUUCCUCAACCAUUCAUGUGUGCCUAAUGCUUGUGUGGUGGGGGCCAUGGAUGAGGACAAGUUGGUGGUGGUGGCCAUGAAAGGAAUUGCCAAGGGGGAGCAAGUGCUGAUGGGUUAUGGGGCUGCAGGCAGUGCA